AUGACGACUCCUAGCACAUCGGGAAGCUCAACCUCAGUACAGGAGUUUAAAAUACGUGUGCCAAAGAAUGGAAAGAAAAAGUACCAUGUGAUGCGGUUCAAUGCUACUCUCAAUGUGGACUUUGCAAAGUGGACCCAUGUCAAGAUGGAGCGGGAGAACAAUAUUAAGGAGUUCAAAGGACUUGAUGAAGAAAUGCCAAAAUUUGGUGCGGGCUCAGAAUAUGGUCGGGAUAUGCGCGAAGAGGCACGUCGUAAGAAGUUUGGUAUUACGUCGCGUAAGUACAAACCCGAGGACCAGCCCUGGAUCUUAAAAGUUGGAGGGAAAACUGGCAAGAAGUUUAAGGGCAUCCGCGAAGGUGGUGUGUCGGAAAACGCGGCAUACUAUGUGUUCACACACGCCGCUGACGGUGCCAUAGAUGCAUACCCCUUACAGGAAUGGUACAAUUUCCAGCCCAUACAGCGAUACAAGGCUCUAUCUGCUGAGGAAGCAGAGCAGGAGUUUGGAAGACGUAACAAAGUGCUGAACUACUUCUCGUUGAUGUUCCGAAAGCGCAUGCGUGGUGAUGAGGCGGCCGACGAUGUGGAAGACCCCGACGACAAGAAACCUAAAGGGGCCAAGGCCAAGAAAGAUCUUAAGAUAUCAGACAUGGAUGAAUGGAUAGACUCGGAUGAUGACUCCUCCAACUCUGAAAAAGAAGAGAAGGACAACGAUAGUGACACUGCUGCAAAUAAGAAAAAAAAUAAAGAUAAGAAAGGGGCUGCAAAUAAAAAGAAGAAAAAGGUGGAGGACGAGGCGUUUGAGGAGAGUGAUGAUGGAGACGAGGAGGGGCGAGAGAAAGAUUAUAUAUCAGAUUCGUCAGAUAGUGAAUCGGACCACGAAACUAAAGCCAACAAAGAACUUAAAGGUGUCGCUGAAGAAGACGCUCUCAGGAAAUUAUUAACGUCAGACGAGGAUUCAGAAGAAGAAGAAAAGGAACAUAAAGAACAAGAAGAGGAACAAGAGGACGAGCCCACCAAAGAAGGGGAAGAACGCGCUAGUAAACUCACCAAGAAAAAGAAGAAACCCGAUGAUAAUAAGAAAGAUUCCAGCAGCGAAUUCAGUUCAGAUUCAGACACAGAUCCAGAGAGCAGCAGUACUAAGAAACCUAAGAAAAGCAAAUCUGGAACGGACAAGAAUGCGCCCAGCACGUCGGGUAAGUCGGCUGGUAGUACCAACACGUCUCGUAGUGGCACGCCCACGCCCACUGCUGCGCAGGCCGCGGUGGCGGCUGCUAAUGCAGCCUUGUCCAACAUGCCGCCCGCUAAGAAACCUAAGCUGGAUCCCUUUUACACCGAGUGCGGCGUAACAGAAGAAGCAGUACGUAGAUACUUAGCGCGCAAACCGAUGACGACGACAGAGUUACUUACCAAGUUCAAGUCGAAACGCACCGGGGUCAGCAGCAAACGACUGGUAGAGACGAUGACGCAAAUAUUAAAACGAAUCAAUCCCGUUCGGCAAAAUAUCAACGGCAAAAUGUAUCUUAGUAUUAAAAAUACGUGA